CUUCUCCUUAGUCACGUGACCUCUCAGGCUUCUUCUCUGACACCCCUUACCCUGUCCGCUUUGAGUGCAGAAGCAGGAGGCGUGAAACGAUGAGAACCCUCCGAGAUGGCCAGGGAAAGAGCAGCUUUCUUUAGCCAGUUUGAGCAGGAGAUCAUCCUGAAGACCUUCGAGGAGUACAAAGCCAUCAUAACGGCUAAAUGCAACACAGCGGCUGCUGCCAAAUCCAGAGUGGAAGCAUGGCAGAAGAUAGCAGAGAGGCUAAAUGCCUCCAACCCCAAUAAUGUCAAAAGGACCUGGCAGCAGGUCAAAGUCAAAUACAAGAACAUCGUGCAAUGUGCAAACAGGAAGAGGGCGCAAAAGCAGAUGCUGAGUGGGGGGCGGCUACCUGCGUCUGGCUUUACCCCUGCCGAGGAGCUGGCGCUUUGGCAGAUCAGAGGGCGGCCCAUGAUGGAUGGCAUCGCUUGGGCCGGUUCGUCUGAGCAAGCUGGCUUAGGCGUCAGGAGCCCCAGUUCCACAGAAGCAGAAAGUUCAGGCCCUCUUAUUCAGCCAGUGCCAACCAUUAUCGACAGUGCAGAAGAACCAAUUGAUCACUCUGAUUCAGACCAUGAUGAGAAGAACAUAGUAGUGUGUUCUCAUUCUGAAGAGGGGAAUGAUGCUUUCACAGGCCAUGAGGAACCUGGUCCUUCAGGCCCAUUUCGACAUGCUGAUGAGGAGAGUGAUGAGGACGUGACCUCCCUGUACAAACGGUACCUCAGACAGGAGAUUGCAUACCGGCAGCUAAAGAUGAAGAAGCUGGAGAAGGAGAUACAGUUACUCGAUAAAAAGCUGGAUGUAAGUUAGACCCAGUCAGGUUUCCUCUGAACUCAUAACUAGAAUAAGUUACUAGAAUGCAUCACCAAAGUCAAAGGGCAAUCCCACCCAUUUUUCAAAGUUUCUUCUUAAGUAGAAAGAUAUGCAGAUACCAUAUUGUGUCCUGAGAUAUGUAAGGGAUGCCUCUGCGACAAGCAUAACAAUACAGGGUUCUCUGAAAUAAAUUUUUUUUUAUCAGCAUGACGAAACUUAAACUGCAUACUGGCCGCUGCAGACAUGCACCUAUUUUACUGUUACUUACAAUGGAAGUUGCGUGUUAAUGAAUGCUGUGAGUCGAUCCCUUCGAAAUGAAUGGAACAAUGGAAUCCUGAGUAAAAAAAAUGUUUUUAUAAUUUUAGUUUUUAGAUUUUUAAAUAUAAAUCAGUUUAAUUUAAGCUUAUAAUUUAGUUUCUUUCCCCUGAAAAGUGAACAAAUGAGUUAAAAAAGAAGUCACUGAAAGUGCUAAUAUGCUCUGGAUAUCCUUUCCGUUACUGUGGACUGUUAUGUAUGGAAUGAUUCAUCGGUUAUAGCCUGGUGAUUAUGUUACACCUGUACUGUAUUCUCUAUUAUAUAGACUUAUUCACAUUUUGUAAAUAAUGUUAAAUAAUUUUUUUUAACACUCAACAAUUCACUAAUAAUUUUGUGCAAGAAGCUAAUUAGCAAAAUGCAAGUGAGAAGCUGUAUUGAAGUUUAUUCUUGCACUACAGUAAGUAUGGGUGAUCAUGACCUGCGAGUUAUUCAUAAUCAAUAAAUGAUUCAUACGA